AGAGUGGGAAAAAAGAGUGGCAAGCGAGAAAGCCUCGGUACGGUUGUCCUUAGUAGUAGCAGCUCGGCGUUUGCGAGCGCCUUGGCGAGUACCAACUGUGUGUGUAUAUGCGAUCAUCAGAGAUUUUUUUCUCGUGUCUCGAGCGCGAUUGUAUAUACGUGUGUGUGCUGAGAGUAAAAGAGUGGAUCCCGGAUGAUCUGCCAGUGAUCCAACAUGGCGUCGACCGACCUGUCGUUCGGCUCGAUACCACCCUACUAUCGAAUCGUAUAUGAAAAGGUUUGCUCGCCGGUUAGCGGCAACGUCGAGCGUGAAGUCUUCAAGUCGCUCCUUGUCAAGUCACAGCUGAGCAGUUCCUUGCUCAGCCAGAUAUGGGAUUUGGUUGACAGCAAAAUGGGUUAUCUCACGAGAAGUGGAUUGUACAAAGGGUUGGCGCUCGUGGCUUUGGCACAACAAGGAAAACAGCCAAGCGACAAGCUGCUGGAAAACACGGAAUCUCAAGAAUUGCCGAUACCAACGCUGGGCGACUUGUCGGAUGUAACUCUACUCGCGCAGCGUCUUCAAAGUGGCUUCAAUCCAUCCAAGCUCAAUUUUACGUACACCGAAAUCUGUAAUUUAGAUACGAUCGAGGUCAACCAAGUGCCCGAAAAGAAGGGUAUUUUCCUUAAACACGUCGAGUAUCAAGUCACAAGCAAAAGGUUCAAUUCUGUGGUCUUCAGGCGGUACAAUGACUUUGUUUCAUUGCACGAGUUACUUUUGGCGAGAUUUCCCUACAGGUUAAUACCAAAACUUCCACCAAAGAAAAUAGUUGGAGCGGAUUCGCAAUUUCUAGAGGAGCGUCGUCGCUCGUUGCUACGGCUACUGACGUUAAUCGCACGCCAUCCAAUAAUCGGACAAGAUCCAAUCGUACAAUUUUUCUUUACCUAUACCGGCGAGGAGACACAGCACAAAAUCAAAGAAGUAUUUCGUCGAAUGCCCGACGAAUUUGCAACAUCCGAAUUGUCGAGUCGUGCCAAGGAACUAGUACCAGCUGAAACGUUAACGGAAUUUGGAAGUGCCAGAGAUCAAAUUCGCGUUAUACUGCAGGGAGUAUCGAGGUUAAAGAAUAUCGCGGAUUGCUUGGCAAUUAGAAGUCAUAGUUACGCGGCUGAUAUGGCAGAAUUGGGCUCGCAACUGAAUAGUUUGGCGUGUGAGUCGCAUAAUAGUUCUUGGGCUACUGGUGGCUCAACAAUUUGGCAAGAUAUGAAGAAAGGUUUCCAUAUUAUAGCUAAAGAAUUCGGCUUGCUAUCGUCAAGAGCUCUACAACAAGCAAUGCGCGAGGAAACAAUGGUGUGCGAACAGUUAAACCUCCUUUUGGAUUUGUUAAUAGCGCAUAGAUCCUUGUGCGAGAGACACGAACGUGGAGUAACGGCAGAUCAUCAACGUGCACUUUCAACUAUGUUAUCAUUGAAAAAACGACAGAUGCAAGGAGUCAUUCGUGGGACUGACGCCGACACAGUGGAGCACCUGGAAAACAGGAUGGUCGCGCAAGAGUCCGUGAUCGCCAAUAUGGAGCUGAGAAAUCAAUUUUCUCUUCACUGCCUGCACAUGGAAACUCAAUUGGUUCACGCGCAUUUGGAAAUUUUAGCAACAGUUCUACAGAGCCUUGUUAAUGUUCAAAUACGAGGUCACUCCGAGCUCGCUGAAGUCUGGAAGUCGAUCGAACCGACAAUAAUGAAGUGCCUGCCUGAAAAAUUAGCGAGUGAAUCCAACGGCUUUUCUUAGCAAGAAUAAAGUACCUACCGUACAAGUCUUCUUUCGAUUGCUUUGCCAUUAAACAUGUUCAUUAAAAAAAAUGAAAUAUCAAACAAUGAAUAUUCGUAUUUUAGAAGAUUUUUAAAUGUUAUACUCUGCUGAUGUUGGCCCUUUUAUAGUAAUUUUUGAGAAAGUGCCUUGUAAUUUCGACAAAUGUAAAUAGACAGAUAUAUAUUUAUACGUAAAUUUUUAUACAAAAAAAAAACGUAUUUACGGGGGUAAUCACGUAGUGCAAUAAUAUCAAGUUAUAUGUUGAGAUGAAAUGAAUUUUCGUGCCAAGCUCUAUGGGAUGCAUAAUUCGACACGUAGCCACUCUUAAACAUUCCUCAAGUACUUAAAUAAUCAAAAUUUUGCUUUACCAAGAAACGGCAAAAAACUUUGUUAUACUUCUUUUUAGUAGAUUUAAAUCUAUAUAUUUUUAUAUUAGAAGUUCUCUUCUUUUAUUUAUAACAAUGAUUCAAAAAUGGAGUACUAUUUUGGAAAACGAAUGUUUUCGUGAAAUGUUAUAUUUGUAUUUUUUAACAACUGAUUUGUAUAUAAAUGUUAAAAAUUGAUUACAAAUUAUAUUUUAUAGUAGAUCUCACGCCAAACAGUUGUAAUUUAAUAAGGGCGUCAAAUAUUUGGAUAAUUUCAAUUGUAAAUACUCAUCACGAAUGUUACAUAAUUGAGAAUUGUUGAUUUUGUUCAUUAUUUUGAUGUAAUUAUCAAUUAAAACCUGUUUUUGAUAAAGUUAAUAUUUGAAUUUCAUGAAAUUUGUAUGAUGUGAUACGUAAGUGCAUUUAUAUCUAUGUUAAAUUUGAAAUUCAUUCAAUACCUUUUAUUUUAUAGUGAUUUAUCAUUAAUGUAACUAAAAUUUUAUAAUAAAAUCACAUA